AUGGUUGUUUGGAUCCCCUCAGCUUUGUGUCUUGCUGUGGGAUUAUUCGCCCACUGCGCUCCAGCUUUGGAUAAUGGGCUGGCGUUGACACCACAGAUGGGCUGGAAUACGUGGAACUCGUUUUAUUGCGACCUGAAUGAGGAAGUGGUUCUUGACGCAGCGGACAAGAUCGUUCAGCUGGGUUUCAUGGACCUUGGUUAUGAAUAUAUUGUGUUGGAUGAUUGUUGGUCUGCGGGACGCAAUUCAUCCGACUAUUUACAACCGAAUCUCGAGAAAUUUCCGAGUGGAAUUGAUGGGCUUGCCGCCAAAAUACACGCCAUGGGCCUGAAAAUCGGAAUAUACUCUAGCGCUGGAACCAAGACAUGCGCUCAUUACGAAGGUUCGCUGGGCUAUGAGGAGAAAGAUGCUGAGCUUUGGGCAAGCUGGGGAAUCGAUUAUCUAAAAUAUGACAACUGCUACAAUGAGGGUCAAGAAGGGACGCCCCUCCUUUCCUUCAAUCGGUACAACGUUAUGGGCAAGGCCCUUAACGCUACAGGCAGACCGAUUUUGUACAGUCUGUGCAACUGGGGUAUCGACGGGCCGUGGAACUUUGCGCCCACCAUUGCCAAUUCGUGGCGCAUAACGGGAGACCUAUUCCUCAACUAUAACAGGGAAACACCGGAGUGCCCCUGCGCAGAAUUGGGCGGUCUUGAUUGCAAGCUGCCUGGAUUCCGCUGCUCCGUGAUGAAUGUUCUUAACAAAGCAGCCUACCUUCCAUCUAAGGGAUUUUCUGGGGCGUGGAAUGAUCUGGACAUGCUCGUGGUGGGUAAUGGGGGGUUGACGGAUGACGCAAUGGUCGCACACUUCAGCUUGUGGGCGGCAUUAAAAUCACCGUUGCUGAUGACACCUGUAUUGAGUAAGGUCGAUGCGAAAAGCCUCUCCAUUUUGCAAAAUAUCGCAGUCCUGGCGAUCUCACAAGACUCUGCUGGUUUAUCCGCAACCCGUAAAUGGAGACAGUAUGUCGGGGACGCGGAUGAAUUUGGACGAGAAGGGGAAAUUCAGAUGUUUAGUGGUCGCCUUGCUGGAGGGGAUGAAGUUGUCCUGUUCCUCAACGCAGCAGCAACCGAUAGGCAGAUGGAGUCUUCCCUUGAAGACAUAUUCUGGGAUCGGGGGCCCGGCGGAAUUGCUCCCGAAAUCCAGGAGACAUGGGACAUAUACGAUCUGUGGGCAAACCGCAUGGAUGACGAAACUGCCUUGACAAUUAUCCAUGGGAAUGCAUCUCAGGAAGUCAUGGCUGAACGCAACCUAACUGCGCUGGGAGGCCCUAGGAAGGUAUUUGCAAAAGUGCCCAAGUCAACCUCGGCGACAUUCAUGGGGUUGAAGAUCGGAAGCGUACAGCCCGGUGGUGUUGUAACGGCAUUUGUCAAGGCCCAUGGCGUAGCGAUGUUCCGUCUUCGCCGGAAGCCAUCCCUCCACCGGGAUGAAUUAUGA